AAAGCAGUCGUGACAUUGUGACAGUGACAGCACAGUAUGGCAGCCUGGAACGUAUGGGUGCUUCUGAUGUGUGCAGCCCUCAGUCAUCAAGGGUCAAAGGCUCAGGAUUGUGGAUCGGCGCCUCUGAACUCGAAGAUCGUGGGUGGUGACAAUGCCACAGCAGGGUCAUGGCCCUGGCAGGUCAGCAUACACUUCAAUCCUGUGGGGUAUCACAUCUGUGGAGGGACUCUCAUCAGUGACCAGUGGGUACUCACAGCAGCCCACUGCAUCAUAACAAAAACCCCUAGUACAUAUACCCUCUACUUUGGAAGAGAGACUCAGGCUGGCCCCAACGUCCAUGAGGAGUCCCGCACUGUGUCCGAUGUCAUCGUCCAUCCUGACUACAACAACACUUUGCUCAACAAUGACAUUGCUGUAAUGAAGCUCAGCAGCCCCGUCACUUUCACUGACUACAUCAGACCAAUCUGCCUGGCAAGUAGCUCCAGCCAGUUCCACAACUCCACUCUCUGCUGGUCCACUGGCUGGGGCAAACUUGGAAAGAACGAUUCCUUGCCAACCUUUUACCCACUGCAGGAGGUUCAGAUUCCUGUCAUUGGACAAAACCAGUGCAGAUGCAACUACCUCUCAGUAUCAGAAGCAAACAUCACUGACCAAAUGAUCUGUGGGGGGCAAGAGAACAAAGGAGCAUGCCAGGGUGACUCUGGUGGACCUUUGCAAUGCCAACAGGGCUCAGUGUGGAUCCAGGCUGGCAUUACCAGUUUUGGAAUUCCCUGUGCCUUGGCCGGUUAUCCUGAAGUUUAUGCCCGAGUGUCUGAGUUCCAGAAAUGGAUCACGGAUCAAGUGGCGGGGGCAAAUGUUGGCUUUGUGACAUUCACCAGCAAUGGCAACGAUCCAGAUGACAACUUUGUGUGUGACAGCUCACCUCCACCUUCCUCAGUAUCCACUGUUGGAACUAAGCUUGUGUGCAUUGUCAUCUCAGUGACAGUGUUCCUGCAGCACAAUUUAGCUCUAUAAGUUUUGCACUAACAACCUCUGAACUUCUUCUUCUGUUGUGUUGUGUUUGUCUUUUGAAUCAUUUUAUCAUUAUCAAAGUUUAGAUUUUACUUGUGUAUAACAUCAUUGUGAUUACAGUUGAGUUUGUAUGAUCAAAGUGCUGCAGAAAAUUGCAUUUAGUACAUAACCAGUUGUCUCAUUUUUAUCCAAGUACUUGAGACAUUUACACAUAAGCAUUUGUUUCUCCUAGUAAACAAUUGCAAUGAUUCCUGUUUCUAUGCCUCUGAUAUAAUACCCUCAUAGGAAUUUGCAUUAGAUUAUUAACCAAUGAAGAGCAUCCCAUUCCCUCAGGAGGACCAUGGUUCGGAAGAGCAUGGAUUGAUUUUUCAGGAAAGUUGUUGCUCCUCUGCAUUCUCAAUGCAGACCUGUCAUAUUCCAGAUUUGCAUAUUUUUUUCCGCAAACCAAUGAAUAAACCACUUUGCACCGCA